GGGCAGAUUAUCCAUCUGUGGAACAACAGUAUUCACCAUUUAGUUGCAGAAUAGCAAUUCAAUGCAAUUCAAGAUGAACCUUGCUUUGGUCAUCUUUGUCAUUCUGUCCUUUAGUGACUCAACAUCUCCUUUUCACUUGGGUUUGGGGAGAAAACAACACCUGGAAAGUUAUGUGCCGAUAUCUGACGCCAUCCAGAAACUGCAGAAAGUGUUUGCUUUUGGUGAGCUGCCACAUAAUAUUACAUCAUCCAAAAAACCUCCUCAUUUCAUGCUAGAACUAUACAGUCAAGUGGCUGAACCUGAUGGAAGCACCAAGGCACCUGGACUCCUGGAAGGCAAUGUGGUGAGAAGCUUUGAAAACAAAGUUUUUGCAGAAACAGGACAUCCAUUCUAUCUUUUCAACAUCUCAUCUGUGGGAAGCAGUGAGCGCAUGUUAAAAGCUGAGCUUCGGGUGUUCAAGUGGAAGCCUUUUGGAUUGACAACCAAAUAUCAUUUCUGUAGGGUGGAUGUAUAUGAGCUGUUAAACAGUUCAUCAGGACCCUGGAAAGGAAAUCUAAUCUUGUCUCGACUUCUUCCCCUGCAUACACAAGGCUGGGAGGUGUUUAAUGUCACUCAAACAGUUUCAAGGUGGGUUGGAGAUGACAGUACCAAUCAUGGUUUCCUUAUUGCCUUUACCCCACCCUCAAGAAAUUUCCAAGAAACUGACCCCCCUACUUUUGCAAAGCACAAGCCAGACAGCAAAAAAUCUUAUUUGGUUCUUUUUAGCGAUGACGGCAGGAGAGCAACAUUAAACACAUAUACAGCUUCCACUGUAAAAGACACAGGAAAUUCUCUUCCACCAUCUGAAGUUUCUUCUCUAAUACAUCCAGCAACACAUAAGUUCCCAAUGGUAAUGGAACAUAUUAGAAGUAGAAAAACCCGGGAUUUAUAUCCUAGUAUGUAUCCUCCAUGUCAACGCAAGCCUCUUUAUGUGGACUUUGAAGACAUUGGUUGGGCUGGCUGGAUCAUCUCCCCAAAGGGAUACAACGCCUACUACUGCAAAGGAACGUGUCUAUUUCCUAUGGGACAAGGAUUGGGUGCCACAAAUCAUGCUGCUGUACAGUCCAUUGUUCAUGCUCUCAAACUUAAUGAAGACAUUGGAACACCAUGUUGCAUUCCAGAUCGCCUUAAUUCAAUUAACUUACUUUACUUUGAUGAUGAAGAAAAUGUUGUUCUGAAGCAGUAUGAUGAUAUGGUGGCUGUAAGCUGUGGCUGCCACUAAACACUGUCCUUCAGAAUUGUGCU